AAGUGUUUCAUCUUUCAAUUUCUAACAAGAACUAGUCUUCUUCUAAGGGAUCCUUCCACUUAAUCAUUAUAUAUCUUCCUUUAAAUUUCCUUUUCAAACUUGCUCAUUGACCACUUCAUAUCUUUUGUCGCAGAUCAUGUUUGUUAUAAUAUAUAUCUAAAGUAUCAAUCAAAGAACACACAUGUACCCCCCACAAGCCAAAGUGCAAUAAACUUUCACAAGAUAUUGAAAGGUCAAAAUCUACAUCCAUCAACUUCUUGAUAAUCUUUCAAAGUUGAAAUCAUGCAAAAUCAACAACAAGGUAUCAUCAACCCUAAGUAUUGUGCUCCACAUAAUGUUGACCUAGCAAUCGUGAGAAAGGUAUUAACGUUAGCUGAUAGUUUUUCCGUCACCGACGUUAAUGGCAAAAUGAUCUUCAACCUAAGUUCCUCUCUCAUGACCCGCCAGGACCACCGUGUCUUGCUUGACGCCGCCGGCGAACCCGUCGUCACACUACGCCGGAAGAUGACGACAACUCAUGAUCGGUGGCAAGUUUUUCGAGGUGAAAGCAUGGAGAUGAAAGAUUUGAUCUUUAGCGUAAAGAGAUCGUCGUUUUUUCAGUUAAAGACAAAAUUGGAUGUGUUCUUAGCGAACAAUACUAAAGAACAAGUUUGUGACUUUAAGGUAAAAGGAAGCUGGUUCGAGCGAUCUUGUGUUGUUAAUGCUGGUGAAUCUCUAACCAUUGUUGCCCAGAUGCAUAAGAAGCACACUGCUCAAAGCAUUGCGUUUGGGAAAGAUAAUUUCAUGGUUACAGUGUAUCCAAACACUGACUAUGCAUUCAUAGUGGCACUGAUUCUGAUUCUGGACGAAAUUAACCAAGACAAGAGACAAUCUUAGAAUUGAUUAUUAAUGUUCAGAUUUUUGGGUUCUCUAGUUUUCAUCAAAAUGUUCAUUCAAGACAAAAAUUGUGACAUAAGAAGAGUAGUCUCAAUUCCUUGCCGUCCUGUAUUUGCUUUUAAUAUAUUCGUAUUUCUAUUA